AUGAGCGAGAACUACGGCGUGGAUGUUCUCGGAACCGAGGGACAGUUGGCGGUACGUGCAUCGGCAAACGUAACAGACAACCUAUGGCAUCUGCCGCGUCCGAUGGAAGGCGCGCCGGCGCAGUUCUCAGAUUGGCAGCAGGUGGAUUUAUCAGAUGUCGGUCUUGAAGAGCCAAUCGUCACCAUGUACCGACGGAUAGUUCACGCCAUCGAAACGGAUACGCAGCCGCCGAGUAGUGGCGCGGAGGGACGUUGGGCGUUUGAGAUGAUGAUGGCGAUUUAUCAGUCGCACCGCGAAGGCGGACGACGCGUCGAAUUGCCGCUCGCCGAUCGCCGGCACCCGCUGGAGCAGUGGCGUGAUGCGUGA